AUGGCUUUUGAACCGACCAUACUCCCUACAAAUCAACCGGAACCUCCUACCGCUUCCACAGAAGGAACGGCGCAAGAAACCCCCAAUAGAACACGAAAUAAACGCCUUCCUGGGAUUCCUAGAAAGUUUUAUGUUACAAUCAGAAACCUUGGCUUAAUCUUUUUCGUUGCCUUUCCUAUGGCUCAUAUGGCUUCUUGGGCGUUAACAAUAUGGAUGCUUGGGAGGGGUGCUGACAAGCUCGCUGCAUCGUUGGACACGACAAAACCAUUUGAUGAAACUGUGUUUCGAAAUACUUUGAGGCAUGUAGUUACAGCCGGGGCGAGAGGAUGGAGAAUCAAUGUUAUUAUGUUGUCGCUCGGUAUGUAUCCCGUAUGUCUCCGUACAGCUUCAAGAAGAAACUAUGUGGAUACCGCAUACUCAUAA